AUGGACCUCGACCGCGCAGCACUGUUGAAACUCUAUCGCACCAUGAAAACCAUCCGCGACUUCGAAGAGCGGGGCAUACCGGAAACUGGGCAGCGCGAAAAAACACGCACUGACGUGUGCACUACCCCAUCGCAGCGCACUCACCGUGCACGCCACUGCAUCGCCAAGGGCGUCGACCCCAAGGGCAUGAUGGCCGAGCUCUUCGGACGCUCCACCGGGCCCAACAAGGGCAAGGGCGGCUCCAUGCACAUCGCUGAUAUGAGCAAGGGCAUGCUCGGCACCAACGGCAUCGUGGCCGGCAGCGUCCCCUUGGCCGUCGGCGCAGCCCUGACCUCCAAGCUGAAGUACGGCAACAAGCGGGUGGCCGUGGCCUUCUUCGGCGACGGCGGCGCCAACCAGGGCGUGUUGCACGAAUGCAUGAACCUGGCUUCCGUGUGGAAGUUGCCGGUCAUUUUCUGCUGCGAGAACAACGGCUACGCCGAGUCCACGCCGGUGGAGUACGCCCUUUCGACCAGCCGCGUCUCCGACCGCGCCCCCGGAUACGAUAUGCCCGGCAUCCACGUCGACGGGAUGGACGUCUUCGCAGUAUUCGAUGCAGCCCGAGAGGCGGUGGCUCGCGCCCGCGCCGGCGAAGGCCCCUCUCUGCUGGAAUGCCGCACCUAUCGCUUUUACGGCCACACUGUCUUCGACAACCCGCUUUCCUACCGCACCCAGGAAGAGGAAGACCACUGGCGGGGACGGGACCCGCUCAAGCUGUUCCGCGAGACAGUGAUCCACCAGGGUGAGAUCACCGCCGAGGAACUGGACUCCAUCGACACCGAAAUCGCCGCUCUGAUGGAGGAAGCGGUGAAGUUCGCCGAUGAGAGCCCUCUCCCCGAACCCCACGAGCUCUCCGAGACGCUUUAA